AUGGGCCGGAGCAUCGGCAAGGCCACGGGGGAAUGCAAUUCGACCGCCUCGGCCCACCCACUUCCUGUCGGUACGGAUCGACAAUCCGCAGAUAUGGGCAAUGACGCGGCAAUCCCGGUCCAAGCCUCGCACCUGACGCUCUUCGUGCUGAGGCUCAGCGAGGAAGACGGUAGCUUGCAGCAAGCCAGAGAUACCCUCGAACACUGCGGAGACCUCCUGCUGGAGCACGGCCUCUCCCCCGAAGUUGACCUCCCGGCAUCAGCCAGCAGCACAGAGAGCGUGCCUGAUGACGGUAUGCAUCCGGCUGCUCUCGGCAUAGGGGACAGCAACGAGACAGCGCCGGGGGCAACGGCGGCCUCACCCUUGACGCUCUCCUUCCGAGACCUCGGUCACUUUCGGAACAAGGUUUUGUUCGCAAAGCUUGUGGAAGACGAGCAAGCGACCAGGCUCAGGGGGUUGGCGUCCUCGCUCCACCAACGGUUUUCCGAGGCCGGUCUCGUGGAAGGAGCCGCAGGUUUUCCAAGCCGUAAGGGUGGAAAGAGGGGCGACGGGGGCGACGGCAGCGGCACAAGCAGCGACAGCUUCGAGUUCACGCCUCACCUCACAAUCAUGAAGACUUCGAAGCUCAGGGAUAGGGGUACCUUGAUACCGGCCGAUUCGUACGACCGGUAUCAGAGCGGUUUCCUUGUCGGCCAUCACGCACCGUCCAGCGUCGAACUGUCGAGCAUGCUGGAGAAGGAAGAUGUGCCACCUUUGGAAGGUUGGGAGCCCAAACCGUACUACAAGUGCGAGCAUAGGCUCGAUCUCUGCACCCCAAAGGUGUAA